CAUAAUAAAUAAAUAUAAAAUAAUAAUAAGAAGAAGGACAGUUUUUGGGGGUAAUACUAAUAAGAGCAUUUUUCUCUUAAAAGGGUUGGUGAGAUCGGAAAUUAGAAAAAAAAGAAUGGCAGGUCCAGAUAUGGGAACGAUAACAGCAUCCUUGGAGAGAUCUCUGCAGAACUGCUCGUUGAACUACCACCGGGAGAGCAGUAGCAACGCCGACGGCGGAGCCGGCAGGUCUUCUUCUUCAUCUUCAUCCGCCGCCGCCGCCGCUCAUCAUACGCCGCCCAACAAUUCUUCGGUGGGGGAUGCAACUCUGGAACUCAAUUCAGAAAAAUCCAUGCCUUACCAUUGGGAACAAUGCCUUGAUUUAGAGACUGGGGAAGUAUAUUACAUAAACUGGAGAACAGGGAUGAAAGUGAAGGAGGACCCAAGAAUCACGAAGGAGUACAGCAGCGGUGAGUUUUACUCUGAGGAAGAAGAAGAAGAAGAAGAAGAAGAAGAAGAAGAUGAUGAUGGUGAUGGUGACAGCUGUUAUGACGACGACACGGAAGAAAGUGGGUCUUCCUCAGAAGAGUCGUCGACUCUUUCAUCUUCAAGGGAUGUUCAGCGUCGCCGCCAUGCAGGGAGCAGCCGGCCGGAAUCUUCGACUGCGUCGGCGGCGGUGCUUGUAGUCGCCGGUUGCAAAACCUGUUUGAUGUAUUUCAUGGUGCCGAAAGAGGUCGACGACUGCCCCAAAUGCUGUGGUCAACUUCUCCAUUUCGACCGGUCCGAUAAUUUCUCCCCAUAGAUCAUAUUCAUUUAAUUUCCUCUUUAUUUUUUUUGGUUUUUUUUUUUCUUUUUCUAAAUUUAAUUUCUUGGUUCCCCUUUUAUUUAGUUUUUUUUUUAUUUAUUUCUAAAUCUUAUUUUUUUUCUUGGUAAGAUAUAAACUACUCCUGCAUGUGUAGUUUGGCAAUGCGGAUUUUCGUUAGUCCAGAGAAACCGAAACAGAAAAGGAAAAAAAAAAAAAUUCUUCGUGCA